AUGGGUUCCAUGUAUGCGAUCCGUUUUGCAACCCAAUUCUCAAAAGACGAGGAUCCGAACUGUGAUCCGAUUUCCACGACAUUUAGGGGGGGCCUUUUUAGAAACAUUUUUGAGAGCCGUGGCGGACGACGUAAAUCUCUGCAUGCAACACGAAAAACACAUUGCACAUGCAUGAUGCAUAUCUCAAUCUGCAUGCAUGAUGCAACAAAAACGAUCUACAUGCAUAUGCAUAAACCGCAUAAAUGGCAAGGUGGGCUCAAGAUCGCCAACAUGCAUUAUCGCGUAUCUGUCAAGGCGUGGGUCCGCGCCGAGGCAACUCUUUAUGCCGAGAAUGUCAACAAUCGCGUAUCUGUUUUUGUGUUUCUGUUGGGAAAGUGGUUUCUCCACGACCCAGCCGGAUUUUCGCGUGUUUUUGUUAUGCUGGCUAUAACCCCUCUUUAUCUUUGGACCUUACUGGCAGCGGGAAAGAAAGAGUAUAUAAGUACAAGGGAAUUCCGGAAUUUUAAGGAACGUUUACGCGUCACAUUUGAGCGUUAG